CCGCCCGUUUCAUGCCGCUCGUCGCCGCCCUGCCCGUCGCCGCAGUCAUCACCGCCCUCGCCACCCGCGUCGCCGCCGCCCUCUUCACCGCCUCCAGCACCGCCACCGCCGCCGCCGCCGCCGCCGCCGCCGCCCCAAUGUGGAUGUGCACCGCCGCAACAGCCACCACAGCCGCCUCUGCUGCUGCAGCCAUCGCGUCCGCCCGCGGCAAGCGCCGCGACACCGCCGAGUCCACUCCCGUCGAGCUGAUCACCGUCCACGACGGGAUGCGGCUUGUGACUGGCCCGCUCCGGCUCGAGCCCUCGGACGGUGGGCCGUGCCUGUCGCCCUGGCGGCUCGAGCAGCGCGGCUCGCGGCGGUGGCUCCGGGGCGACGAGGGCACGCGGCUGGCGCUGCGUGAUGCCGGCGGCGUCGGGCAGGUGCUCUGCCUCGGCCCCGGCUGCCUUCGCUGCCUCUCGCGCGGAAGUCGGAACCGGAUGGCCGCACGCGCAUGCUGGAAGGGAGACCACGAGGCGGUGGUGGUGCAGGGCGUGGUUCAGGCGGCGUGGCCGCUUGCCGAGCCGGCCUGCUCCUACGCCGCCCUCACCCCCGCCGUGUGGGUCUCCGCCGCAGCGCCGCCGCCGCAGCUCCUCGCAGUCGCCGUCGCCGUCGCCGUCGCCAUCGCCGCGCUGCAGCUGCACCGGCAGCAGAAGCAGAUCAGUCGCUCGAGAUUGGCGCUGGCCCGCGCGUCGGGCGCGGCGCGUGAGGCGCGCCUGUCGUGGCGCGAGGCGCGCGACGCCACCCGCCCUCUCCAGCUCGUGACGGCGCUGCGCGAGGGUACGCACGCUGAGGAGGUGAGCGUGGUGGACCCGAGCGGCAAGCUGCUCAUGUCUUGGGCCGAGGGGCUCCUCCGCCUCUCCGACGACCACGGCGCCCUCGUCCUGACCCCGCCACCCUCCAAGCUCUCUCUGCUCACCACGCGCCACCGCAUCUCGCUCGCUGAGCUGAGCGGCCUGCGCUACGCCGAAGACCUGCCCGAGGCGCUGCGGCUCCACGCCGCGCAGAGCGCAAAGAAGUGGGCCACCCGCCGCUGCUUGCGGCUAAGCACACUCUCGCGGGAGUACGUCGUCCGCUUCUCGAGCGACUGGGCGGCGCUGCUCUGGCUCGAGGGGCUGCAGGCGCUGCUGCACGCCGCCGGCCUGCUGCUCAAGCCCAUCCGGCCCGCGGCGCUGCUGUGGUUGCGAGCGAGGACCCGCCUCUCCGAGGCCUCCCGCGAGCAGGGCCUUGCACGAGGCCGGCUGCUCGCCAAAGUCAUCCGCGAGAGCGCCGCGCCGAGCGCCGCGCCGAGC